AUGAACGACUCGCACUUCACGUGCAACAGGACGCACAACUUCACCGACUCGUCCUGUCAGGUGUUCCCCCGGACACCCCCCAGGCCCGUGGACAUCACCACCUUCAUGCACAUCCUGCCCUCCAUCUACGGGAUCCUGUGCUUCGUGGGGGUCUUCGCCAACGCGCUGGUCAUCUACGCGGUGGCGGCGUGCAAGAAGAAGAUGGUGUCGGACAUCUACGUGCUGAACCUGGCCAUAGCCGACAUGCUGUUCCUGCUGGUCAUGCCCUUCAACAUCCACCAGCUGGUCCGGGACCGGCAGUGGGUGUUCGGGAACUUCAUGUGCAAGGCGGUGGUGGUGGUGGAUGUGAGCAACCAGUUCACAACGGUGGGCAUCGUUACGGUGCUGGGCAUCGACAGGUACAUAGCCAUUGUGCACCCGAGCUCGGAGAAGCGGACGGUACAGUGGACCAUCAUCAUCAACCUACUGGUGUGGCUGGGCAGCUUCCUCCUCACCGUCCCCGUCAUGAUGUACGCCAAGGUGAUCCGCCGGCAGCACCUGCAGGUGUGCAUGAUGUACCUGGACGGGCCUGAGGACAUGCACUGGUACACCCUCUACCAGUCUAUCCUGGGCUUCAUCAUCCCCCUCAUCAUCAUCAGCACCUUCUACUCGCUCACCCUCUACCACGUCUUCAGCUCCAUCCGCCGGGUCAAACGGAAGCAGUCGGUGUGGGCGAAGCGCGCCACCAAGAUGGUCCUGAUGGUCAUCGCUCUGUUCCUGAUCUGCUGGUCGCCCUACCACGUCAUCCAGGUGAUCAACCUGAGCAACAACCGGCCGACCAUCGCCUUCGUCUACGCCUACAACAUCAGCAUCUGCCUCAGCUACUCCCACAGCUGCAUCAAUCCGCUCAUGCUGCUCAUCUUCGCUCAGAACUACAGAGAGCGUCUGUGUCGCCAGAACGCGAAGCACGGCUCGCAGCACUCGUCUAAGGUCACGGUGGUCAAACCGGAGGGUUCCAGCACGCCGCACGACCCCAACUGCCGCAUCACGGUCAUCUAG